UGAAACACUUGUUAAACUACGAAAGGAAUUAUCGGAUACUAAAUCAGAAAUGGAAUCACAAAAUGAAUUAUUAACAGAACUUGGAAAUCAAUUGACAACAACCGAAAAAGAACGUGAACAAUAUUCCGAACGUAUUAAUGAAUUGUCAAGAAUUAUAGAAGAAAGAGAAAAUCAAUUGACAACAACUGAAAAUGAACUUAAUCAGUAUUCUGAACGUAUCAAUGAACUAUCAAGAAUAAUUGAAGCAAGAGAAAAUCAAUUGACAACAACCGAAAAAGAACGUGAACAAUAUUCCGAACGUAUUAAUGAACUAUCAAGAAUGAUUGAAGAACGUGAAAAUCAAUUGACAACAACCGAAAAAGAACGUGAUCAGUAUUCCGAACGUAUUAAUGAACUAUCAAGAAUGA